GGUUAUGUGGCUAUACAGAAGGCAGUGGGUUGUCAACCAUGGACAAGUGGAGAGGAAAGGUAGCUAUUGUCACAGGGGCAAGUGCGGGUAUCGGAGCCGCUGUGGUUCAAGCACUGGUGCAUCAUGGGAUGGUGGUGGUGGGACUUGCUCGAAGAACGGAGAAAAUCGAGGAAAUGAGUGCUGCUUUGUCAAAAGCUGGAGAGAAGGGAAAGCUUGUAGGCAUAAAAACUGACCUGAAGAAAGAAGGAGACAUUCUGUCAGCAUUCCAGUGGGUGGAGAAAGAGCUGGGGGGUCCUGACGUUCUAGUCAACAAUGCUGGAAUAACUUAUCUAGGCAAUUUUCAAGAUGGUGUGAUCGAAGAAUGGAGAGCUAUGUUGGACGUGAAUAUACUUGCUGUCUGCAUCUGCAUGAGAGAAUUCCUCAAGUCCACAACCAACCGAGGCAAACAGAACGGACACAUCAUUAAUAUAAGCAGUGUUGCAGGUCAUGUACCUUCGCAUACAUUUGCUGUGUACAGUGGAACCAAAUUUGCUCUAACUGCCAUCAGCCAGAGUUUGAGGAGGGAGUUGGCUCAGAAGGGUAGCACCAUUAAGGUUACUAAUGUCUCUCCUGGUUUGACUUGGUCUGAGACCACCACGAAGAAUCUGGGGGAUGCUGGCAUGGAAAUGAUGGCAGCUUCUGAUGUGGCUCAGGCAAUUGUAGAUGUGCUGUCUGCAACUGCUGUCACUCAAGUCUGUGAAGUGGUACUGACUCCUGUUCCUACCAUUGAGUACAUUUACUAACAAUGAACAAUUUUACUUUGCUGGAACAAGUUACAUUCAUUCUCAUUUGAUAUUUUGAAAAAUUUAUGUUUUCAAGGUUGUCUUAUCUUUAAAUAAACAUAUUGAUCUAAGCUUCAA